AUGGAUUCUCAUGCAUAUAACAAUGAAAGAACAAUUAAAAAAUGGGGUUUGAUAACAGUUAGACCACCUGCUCAUUAAAUGAAUGGUACAUGUGAAAAAUGAUUUCUAGACAGAUCAAUUGUAUCUAAUGUUCCAGAUAUGGCUGUACCUGACAAUAAAAUAACAACAUCUAAAUAUUCAUCGAUUAUUACAUUCAUUCCAUUAAAUUUGAUAGAGCAAUUCUCAAAAUUGGCUAACGUCUACUUUUUGGUCAUUGCAAUAAUGCAGAUGAUUUCAGCAAUCAGCAUAACGAAUGGUUAACCUGUGAUUAUGGGACCAUUAUCAAUAGUUGUGUGCAUUUCGAUGAUCAAGGAUUAUAUUGAAGAUUACCAAAGACGCAAUUCAGACAAUGCUGAAAACACUCGCAAGACAUAUUUGAUACGCACAAACAAAGCACCAAGAGAAGCUCGAUGGAGUGAGUUAAGAAUCGGAGAUUUAAUCAAGGUUUAGAAGGAUGAACAAAUACCAGCUGAUAUCUUAUUGAUGCAGACAUCAGAUAAGAAGGGAAAUGCAUUUAUUGAGACCAAAAAUUUAGAUGGAGAAACCAAUCUAAAAUGUAAAAACAUUCAAAAAAAUCUAAAAUAACUGUAAGAACAAAGUGAAGAUUCUCUAUUGGCAUUAAGAAUGACAAUUAAAUAUUAAAGACCAAGUCCAUAUUUGUAUCAAUUUACAGGAUCUGCUGAAAUUAAUAAUCAACAAAUCCCUCUUAGUGAGAAAAAUUUCAUAUUGAGAGGUUGUGUUUUAAGAAAUGUCAAUUAUAUUUAUGGAAUUGUUUGUUAUAACGGACAUGACUCAAAGAUCAUGCUUAAUUCAGUUAAAGCCUAACCUAAACGAAGUCAUUUAGAAAGAACAAUGAAUUGGUUCGUUAUUGUGAUAUUUCUAUUAUAAGUAAGAAUGCAAUAUCAUUAGUUUUCAGAUGAUCAUGUGUGGCUUUGGAGGCUAUUUGAAUUCAUCAUGGCAACAGAUUCAUAAUUCUCAAUUAUCCUAUUUAGAUAUUUUAAUUACAGAUCCAGAACAUAAUUUUACUAAAAAUCUAUUUGUAUCCUCCAUAAAUUUAAUUUUAGAUUAAAUGGGGUAAUUGGAUUCUUAUAUUCACGAACUUUGUCCCAAUCUCAUUACUAGUCUCUUUGGAAAUGGUUAAAUAUUUCUAAGGAAUGUUGAUAACAAUGGAUUAAGGAACUUAUUCAGCUGAAUAUGAUAUAAAGACAGCAGUCUAGUCUUCAAAUCUGAAUGAGGAACUUGGCUAAGUGGAUUACAUAUUUUCUGAUAAAACAGGGACAUUGACAAAGAACCAAAUGGAUUUCAAAUGUCUCACAGUCAACAAAAAGUCAUAUGGAAAGGAAGCAACAUUAACUAAUGAUGAAGUGUCAAAAUUAGCUUAAGUCUCUAAUGUUGAUUUCAGAGAUAAAGCUUUCUUUAAUGAUUUGAGUUAAACUCCAGGGAAGGGACCACUCCACGAGUUCUUACUUUGUUUAUCAUUAUGUCAUACUAUUGUUACUGAAAAUAAGAAUGGGUAACUCAUAUAUCAAGCAUCGUCUCCUGAUGAAUUAGCCUUAGUUAAUUUUGCGAGAUACUGCGGAUAUACUUUUGAAGGAUUAGAUGCAUCCAACAGUAUGGUGGUCAAUAUAAAAGGUGACAUAAAGAAUUACCAACUGUUGCAUGUACUUGAAUUCAAUAGUACAAGAAAGAGAUUGUCUGUAAUCGUUUAGGAUCAAGCCAAUCAAAUUAUAUUGUUAACCAAGGGAGCGGAUUCUGUUAUUGAACCUUUAAUGAAACCAGUCGUUCCUUAGUUGAAAGAGAAGACUUGGAAAGAUCUUUAGGAGUUUGCAUCGAUUGGCUUAAGAACUCUGCUCUUAACUAAGAGAGUACUGCCUUUAUCGAUUUACAAAGAGUGGGAAACAGGCUAUUUACAAGCAUGUUCAGCCAUAUAAAAUAGAGAUAAUUUGAUGAUGGAGUCAUAAGCUAAAAUUGAAUAAGAAUUAGAACUUAUAGGGGGAACAGCUAUUGAAGAUAAAUUACAAGAGGAAGUAGGGCCAACUAUUUAGUAUUUAAAAGAGGCUGGCAUUAAAGUAUGGGUAUUGACUGGAGAUAAAAUGGAAACUGCUAUCAAUAUUGGUUAUUCUUGCUAAUUAUUGAAUGAUUCCUUAUAGUAAAUCAUAGUUGAUGGAAAUGAUGAAUAGGCUAUUAGAAAUGAAUUAGAAAUGGGCAUCCAAAAAAGCCAAAACAAUAAUAAAAAUGCUCUGGUGAUCUCUGGCAAUGCUUUAAUGAGAGCUAUGAAACCAGAACUUUCAUUAAAAGUAAUGUAAAUUGCCGAAAGAUGUGAGGCUGUAGUAGCUUGUAGAGUUUCACCAAAAUAAAAAUAAGAGAUUGUUUCCUUAGUUAGAUAAAAUAAACCUAAUGCUACUACACUUGCCAUUGGAGAUGGUGCUAAUGAUGUCAACAUGAUUACAGCUGCUCAUAUUGGAAUUGGAAUUAAAGGAGUAGAAGGCUAGCAAGCAGCUAAAGCCUCUGAUUAUGCUGUUGGAGAAUUCAGAAUACUAAAAAGAUUGACACUUUAUCAUGGAAGAGAGAGUUAUAGGAAAAAUUCAACUCUUGUAAAUUACAAUUUUUAUAAAAAUAUGCUUCUAGUCCUACCUUAAUAUUGGUGGGCUGUCAAUAAUGGAUUUUCUGCUGUUAUGUUUUAUGACUAGUUACUCUAUUAAAGUUACAAUCUAUUUUUCACUAGUCUUCCUAUUGUAUUAUAUGCCAUCUUCGAUGAAGAGUUCUCGGGUGAUGUUCUCACUUCAAGUAAAUAUAUCUCUCUAUAGUAGACCCUAGUUUUUAUGAUAUCGGUAUCAAACACAAACUAUUCAACGUUAAAAUAUUCUUGUAUUGGGUCAUUAAUGGCACUAUCUAAGCUGGCAUCCUAUCGUACCUAACCUUCCAGACUUACGAAACCUCAUCUAUUUAUAAUGGCAUGAUGGCUGGCUUAUGGACUACUGGUGCCAUUGUAUUAGGGUAUUCAGUUUUGAAUAGCAAUAUCAAAGUAAUCAAUUCCACUAUCUCUAUUAGAUUAUCCUAUUUAGUAAUACUUAUUCUUUUGGAGUUAUUGUUGGACUUUUCGGAUCAGUUUUCAUCUAUCUCCUCCUAUUUCUCAUAGUUUCAGAGAAAAUGCCGAAAUCUGACAUGUCUAAUAGCCAAAGUGCUAGCUUUUCUCAUCUGAUAUUUUACUUGACAUCACUAUUAGUGGUUGGAGCAACUUCAGUUUUUGAUUUGGCUCUGACGAAAUUAGCUUAGUGGUCUUAGUAUGCUGAGGUUGGAAUAUAACAUGAUAAAGUUUAUAUGCUAAUUUAAAAAUAGCACAUUGAAUUACAAGAUGAAUAACAAUUGCAUUAACAUUCCCCUAAUACACAAUUUUAGAUCAACAACUCUUAGGUCCCCAAAAGUCCUAUUAAAAGAGGAUACACAGGAUUUGCUUUUACUUAGGAAGAACAUUGA